AUGGCUGACAACGUGAAGAAAGACCAAAUAAGUAAAUUUAUACAGUUAACAGGCACCGACACCGAUAGAGCUCAGUUCUAUUUAGAGUCAUCGAACUGGAACUAUGAGGUUGCUGUAGCUAGCUUUUUUGACAAUGAUGAUGGAGAUGAUGAUCUGUAUGAAGCUCCUUCAGCACAGCCUCAACCACUGCCGCCAAAGUCUACACAGCCCUCAGAAUCUUCAGCAGCAGCAUUUCCACCCUCCAGCUCACGAAAUUCCAGAUUUGCCACAAUAGGAAAUUACCAGACUCAAGAAAGUUCCUCAUCAGAGGAAGAUGAAGGCCAGGCCUUUUAUGCUGGGGGUUCUGAAACCAGUGGUCAACAGAUUAUUGGUCCAAAAAAACGUGAUGGGAAAAAAGUGGUGGAUAAUCUAUUUAAAUCAGCAAGAGAACAUGGUGCUGAGGAGGUUGAUAGGUCAGAGAAAGCACCAAAAAAGAGUAUGGCAUUUAAAGGUUCAGGAUACCGACUGGGAGAGACAGAGGAUGGACCAGCUGACAUAGUACAGGGAGCCCCCAUACAGUCAAGUCCUAGACAGGUUGAUAUGGUGCUUAAAUUGUGGAAAGAUGGUUUUAGUGUGGAUAAUGGAGAAUUGAGGGACUUUCAUAAUCCCACAAACAAAGAAUUCCUUGACUCUGUGUCAAGAGGAGAAGUCCCACAGGAGUUGAUAAGGCUUGCCAGAGGUGGGGAAGUGAAUCUGAACAUGGAAGAUCAUCGGCAGGAGAAUUAUGUGAAACCAAAGGAGGCCACAAAAGCUUUCUCUGGUCAUGGAAACAUGCUUGGCAGCCCUGCACCUAACAUAGCUGUAGCCUCCGCCGCAGCAGGAUCAGCAGCCGCAGCCUCUCGUAGCAGUGUAAAUGUCGACCAGUCUCGUCCUACCACAAGUCUUCAGAUUAGAUUGGCAGAUGGGUCGAGAAUGGUGGCCAAAUUUAACCACACACACAGAGUCAGUGAUAUCAGACAACAUAUAGUAGCAAAUAAUCCACAGUAUGCAGGUGCACAAUUUGUUCUCAUGACAACAUUUCCAAAUAAGGAGUUAACAGAUGAAACUCAGACACUGGAGCAAGGCAAACUUUUAAAUGCUGUGAUAGUACAAAGACUGAAGUGAAUGUCUAUUUAUGUGUAUUAGUGUACUUAGUCAUUCAGUCACUACGAGAGACCAGGACUUUGGAUUCAUUUCUCUCUGUUCACAGAACUAUUCAUCAGAUAAGAAACUUUGUAUUCCCAAACAACAGACCUGUUGUUAAAUUUGUUUUAUAUUAAAAUGCCUCUUGUGUUAAAAUAACAUGAGAUUGUACAGGUCUCUCAUAUCUAAUGGUGUCAGUCUAUCAAUGUUAGUACAAGUAUUCAGCAGCUUUGUAGCUUUUUAUAUGUUUUCACAAAAUAAACAGGAAGUGAUAUGGCGGUUGUGAAAAUGUUUGUGAAAGGUUUGAGAGAUGGCCUCAGUAGUGAUAUAUACAAUUAGUGGUGAUAAUUAGGUUCAAUUGAUAUCAUCAUUUAUGCUGACGUAUACAUGUGUGUAUGUUACUGUAAAAUUGUUUUAAAAGUGUAAAUGAAGCAAAGCUGUGAAAGAACUGAUUUGAAAGAUUCAUGUAUCUCUGUCAACAUUUAAGGAGGAAACCUCACAUCAGAUUGUUGGACAUAUUUUUGAUGUUCCUUAGUUCUGUACAGACUAUUAUCACAUGUAGAUCAAUUACGUUUUAUUCUAUUUAUUGAUAAAUAGUGAUAGGGCAUGAAUCCUGAACAAAGUAUACAGAAGUCAGAUCUGUAUACUGAGAACCUAUGUUCUCAAAGCUCUUGGAAUACAGGGAUGACUUUGUCCUGUUUAUUUCAUUAAGGGAUAACCUGACUUGAUGUUAAAUGAUUUAGCCUAGGAUCAUCUGUGUGUAUUGAACUGUGCCUACCAGCUACUGAAAGUCCUACCAAGACCUUUGAUAUCUGGAAUCUGGAAGCUCUCUGUGAAAUCCUGGAUCAUCUGAAACUGAACACUAGGAUCACGGCACAAAUUUUGCUACCCAAGUAUACCCAAAAAAUCACCGGCUGUAUCUCUUCCCUGUCUGGACGUUUGGUGAAAAAGUUUCAAAUUUGUUGUAUGGAAUAAAUAGUUUUGCUUUAAUUUAAAA